AAGAAAGCUAUUAUAAAGACAGAAAAAUUACUUGCUUUAAUCCAAAGCUGGAUUUCCAUGAAAAUGAUAAGGAAUAUCUAGUUUAUGUCGAGCUACCUGUAAAAGAAAUUUGUCUCGAUCUCAGAGACGGUGAUCGUGUGCUCAAUAUUUCUGGUGAAAUAAAACAGGAUGAAAAGUUAGAAAAAGGAAGAGCCCAUAUUGAAGAACGUCGUUUUGGAUAUUUUCGUCGAUCUGUUGUUUUAUCCGAAAAUGUCAAUCUGGAUAAUAUCACUGCUAAGUUUCAUGAUGGAGUUUUGAAGAUCACUAUUCCUAAGCAAGAGCUUACCAAAUCCAAGAAAGUUUCGAUUCAUUAA